AUGGCGGAGGGUGAAGGCGCAGAGGAGACGCCCAGCGCGGCGGGCGACAUCGCCUUCAACGAAGCGGUUGGGCUGCUCUGGUACACGCUCUUUACCGCGCAGAGGCACGACCAGUCUUCUGAUCUCCCUACCGCUCAGAAGAUCCGUUCCUUCAACAGCAGCAGUGCUUUCGCAAGUGAGAGCACCGCCGGUGUGCAGACUGCGAAGAGCAAGACCGUUGCGAGCGUGGAGGGCGACAGGGCCACACCUUCGUCCUCCUCCGCGUCACAGCUACCCGCCGCUACGACGGAGCGCACGCCGGCGACGUCGUCGGUGGAAGACGAGUUUCGAAGGUGGGGCGACGUGAGUUGGGUACUGCUGGCCGCUCACGUCUACGUGCUGACCCGGCAGCUGUGCACGGACCUCGACGUGCGCCACGUCGUUGUGCACCGCAUCUUUGAGGAUCAAUUUCACAGCAGUGCCGCCGCGAUGCAGGCUUCGUUUUCCAAGAAACACGCUAGCCUGUUGGUGUCGUAUGCGCAAGAGGAAGAGGAGCGGGCUGCUGCUGCUGCUGCUGUGUCUGUCGCAUCAACAACGACGACGACGGCAGCUGCGUCUGGCGUACCCGUUGCAACCGGUUCAUCGCCCUUAUCUUCUGCCUUUACGCCGGUGGAUGGAGUGUGGCCUUCUGCACUGCGCCGUGACACGGUAGGCACACAUGGGUCGCAAGCCCCCAUCACCGCCGGUAUCACCUACGACCCUUCCUCAUCUGGCACCGCGGCUUCAUCCGCACCUUCCUCACGCGCGCCAACGUCGUUUGCCAGCCAACACGCGCAACGACAGAUGGAGGACCGUGGGCCGUCCAGCGACUCUCCACUGCCUGCGUCGUUUGUCUCCGCCACCGCUGCAGCGGCGCCGCCGUCGUCGUCGUCGAACGGGUCUGCCCUCCGCCGGUCACCGCCGAGGCUGAGCCGUGGAGGCGGGACGGCGGUGGGCGGACACCUCGACGCUGUCCUCUCCUCGCCUGUUUUACCGUCGUCUUCCAACGCACCCCUGCCCCUGGCGAGAGGCGGCGGCGGCAGCGGAGGAGCAAGAGCAACCGCCGCCACCGCGGUGAACGUCGCAGCGAAUAGUCUGACGGGCAUGCCUCCGAUCUCCUUCUCCACUCCUGCCACAACAGCGGCCGGCGGCGUGCGCGGAGGGGAAAGACCCACCGGCAGCAGCAGCAGCACCUCCUCUCCCUUCCCAGUCCCCGCGCAGGCGGCUCCGUCGGUGGCGCCUGGACUGUCCAGUGUCGCGCCAGACCCGUUGGACGCCCCGUGGUACACGCUGUGGUGUUCCUUACCAACCACACAAGCCCGCACCCAGCUGCAGACGCUGCGCUUCCACACCCCACUACCCCUCGAGGACUUCUCGUCGUUGCUGGAGCGGUUCUUUCUAGUGGACGGCGCCGACGACUUCCUCAACCCGGUCCACGCGGCGACCAUCAUGGAGUUUGCCGGGGUGCGCUCUGCGCCGUACCACAGUAUCGUGCGAGCCCCACUGAGCCUGGCGGAGGUCCGCCGCUACAUCACGGAGAGCCACCGACAGUACGCACGAGCCGCCACGAUCAGCACGACGACGACGACGACCACCACCACCACCUCGCACCAUGAGCACGGUGCAGAGGGGACGCGGACGGCGACGUUGGCAGGCAGCGGACACGGACUAGCCACAGAGGAGGCGGGCCGUGCGAGCGAUACGCGUAGUCCCAACAGGAGUGGCAGCGGCAUUGCCGGCGCAGCUGCACCGGAGUUUCUGAAUUGGAACUUAAGCAACGAGCGCCGCAUCUUGACCAUCGCCGAGCUGGAGCGCAGCGUGUGGCACAUCGCGGCGAACUGCGUUGUCUUCAACGCCCCAGAGUCGCGUUACCCCCGCACCGCCCGGCGGUUUGCGCUGUCGUGCGUGGAGGUCAUCAUUCAGUACUGUGAGAAGCAGAUGGCCGCAUUUUUGGCACCGUGA